UGCUACGGAAACAGAGAGACGCUGCCCGCCAAGCUUUGAGCAAAAGAGAGAGAGAGAGGAAGAGGAAGGGGACGGAAGGAGACCCGCGCGCGCAUGAGGGCGGCAGGCUGAUUGGCGGGCGGGAAGGGAAGUUACCAUGUACGAAGCAAAAGAAAGACAGAAGUUUAUCAGUGAUGCUCAGUACUUGAGAGAGAUGCAGCACAAGAUGGAUUCAGAGUAUCAGGCUUGCCUGAGAAAACAAGAGCUGACUAAAGAGCAAUCUCAGAAGAAGCGAGACCAACACCCCAGACAAGAACUGAGGCAGACAACAAAUUCUUCCAUCUCUACUGUUCGUAGUUAUGAAAGGCCAUGGAUUUCAAGACUUCCCAUUAAUAGACAGAUCUCUUCUGAUGAAGCUUCUGGAUAUGAGCCAAAAUCCUCUAUGAAGUCCUUUGGGAACAAAUCUGAAGCUAAAUUUCCUGCCAUUGACAAAACAUCAGUUAAGCAGAAGCAAAAAGCAAGCACAUCUUCCAAAAAACCAGAAAAAAAUGGAUCUUGCCCCAAAAAAGAUACUCUAGCUAUUCAGAAGCCAAUUUUAUCAAGAAGACGAAUGAGCCAGAGAAGUUUACUGGAAAGCCCAGACUCUGAAAAUAUGAGAAAAGUGGAAGUAAGGGAGAGGAAAACACCAGUACUUCAGGCAAUAACAAAACUUAACCGAGGGUCUGAUCCACAAGAUGGCAUUGGACAAAGAAAUGGCCAUGUUCUCAAGGUUAAGAAGAAAUCGCAGGAAAGAAGGAACUUAAUCCAGUCCUCAAAACUAAGCAUUGACAGCAAAGGCCUGGAGAGACAUCUCAAAAAAGGAAAUGUUCUGGCAGCUACUCAGCAGCCUCCAGCUCAUCUAGUGGAUUUAACUAUCCAGGUUACUAAUGGUCCUUCUGUAUCAAGUGAAUCAAGCAACUCAAAUCUUCCACCAAUUAAAAAUACUACCGUAAGGUCCAGAGAAGGAGAUUUUUAUGCAAUGUUGUGCUCAAAUGUGGAAGAUUCCACUGGAGACAAUGAAGACCUCGAAGAUGUUAUCCCCUUAGAAGAAGAGCUCCUUUCUGUUGAUUUUAAUAAACCUCCUCUUGAUCAAAGUAAUAGGGUUGGUGGGAUAGCUCUAAAACAAGCAGAGCAACACAACUCUGAAAUGGCCGUUGGAGGUGAUGGGAGAAGGACUGAACUUUCCCACAGAUUAAUAGGGCAACAUAUUGCAACAGGAGAGCCAGCUGCUGAGCCGUCUUCAUCAGUGCAAAGGAAAAUAAGAGACCAAAGAAAGCCUCAUUCACGUGAAGAAACGCUUUUGGAAGAAGCUCAUAAAAAUGAGGGUGAAACUUUGACAUGCAGUGGAAACAGUCUGCAUGCUGAAUGCAGGCCAGAAAAUACAACUACAAGUGAUGUGGUUAUUAAUACUAAUUCUGCUGAAGACUGGCAAGGCAAUAAUGUCUGUAGUAGGGAACAACAGAGUUUUGAGAACAAUCUAAGACGUUAUGCUGGAUUUGUUAGUUCAGCUAGACCAACAGUCCAGAGGGCUUCCUUGCAUUCUACAUUUAAUAUCCCAGAAUCCUUAGUGCAAACUGCUGCUUUAAAUGGAACAGAGGCUACGGGUGGUGUGGAUGUGGCUACAGAUUCCAUGCAAGUCACAGAAUUCAGCGGAAGCCCAAGAUUCUCUGUGCGCAGACAGCUCUCUCCUAUAAGAAUUAGGGAUUCCUAUUCAGGUACUGAAAGCUGUCAGUCCUCAUCACCCAGUAUCAGCACCUUUGAAGAUAGUAGUCUGCUUGAGGAUAGUAUAAGCAAUAGUCUAAGCAGCAUAUCUCCAAGUACUAUUUCACAUGAUGAAGAUAACUUUCUGAACUCCCACAGUUCAUCAUCAUCCACAGAUUCAUCCCAUCCAUCUAAUUUCUGGGCAAAUUUCACGGCUCACCUUCACAUGUCUGCUCCUUUGCCGGAUCAGGCCCCGAUUUUCUUGACGGUGUCUGAUUUGAGAAAUCAGAGCACCUUUGUGAGCAGUUCACCAAGGUCAAAGGAGAUAAAUAAGCCUGAGAUAGAUCCUGAGAAGCUAAAAAAGCUACAAGAAAGUCUUCUAGCUGAAGAUUCUGAAGAAGAAGGUGAUCAAUGUCGAAUAUGUCAGAUUGCUGGAGGAUCCAUAACCAAUCCCCUGCUAGAACCAUGUGGAUGUGGAGGAACUCUUCGCUUUGUCCAUCAAGAAUGUCUAAAAACCUGGUUAAAAGCUAAGAUAAAAUCAGGUGCUGAGCUUGGUGCAGUGAAAACAUGUGAACUCUGUAAACAGAGCCUUACUGUGGAUCUGGAUGAUUUUAAUGUGAAUGACUAUUACAGAAACCAUCAGCAGUCUCAGGCCCAGGAUGACCUAAUGAACUCAGCUCUUUACUUUGUGUUGCUAAUUCACUUGUAUGAGCAAAGGUUUGCCGAACUCAUGAGAUUAAACUACAACCAAGCCUCCAGAGUCAGGAUUCAGCCAACGCUGGCAACAGUGACUAAGAAUGGUCAAAGUGGAUCUAAAGAAGAGAACUCUUUCUCAGAAACUAAAAGAGAACCCUCCUUCAUACCUUCCCACUUUCCUCCUCUUUCUUAUCACCAGGCCACAAUGAGUAUGUAUACCACUCAUAUUCAGUGUCACCAUUUAAAUCUAAAGUCCUCUAAGGGUCUGGAGCUCUUAUGGCUGUUUGUGUAGUUUGAUUCUUGUGUUGCUUUUAUAUUGAACCAUUGACUAACAAAUGUUUUGAAACAACAUGGAUUAUAACAGCAAAGUGGAGAAUGGAAAUGUUUCAGUAUCUCUCAUAAACUGGCUACCGGCCAGUAAGCAAUGGCUAUGCUUUUGACAAUGAUUUGAAAUUCUGAAUUAGAUUUCUAGUAUUGCUAUGUGUGCUGUAGAAUCCACUCUGUACCAUUUGACAUAUUCACACUUCUGUGGGCCAGAGGUUCCUUAGACUGCAAGAAUCAUUUUGUGCAUUAAAACCGAGUUCUUUGGCCAGCCUUGUCAAAGGACAUUCCAUAGUAUACAAAUGUAAAUACGCCAGUGAUUGUAUGAUCAACUUGGUAACAUUACUUUUCCUUGAAAUGACAUGCAGUAUGAAUUAAAAAGUUGUUAAUUUUUCAGAACCCUCCCUCCCCUUUAAGAGAAAAAAAUAUGCCAUAGGUGAGCAGAUUGUUAUUCUAAGAUGUGUAACAAAGCUGAAGAUCAGAGAGGAUAUUUACCUUAUGCCAGACUUUUUGAUAUAAAUCCAUAUCUGGUUUAAAGAAGAGUAUUACCAAGCCCCGUCCCCCCCUUAAUGCAUCAAGUAUAGAAUGCUAUGCCCAUGGACAGGGGCUAAUUCAUUCUUGCAUUCUGCAAAUUACUUAAAUACUAGUAAUUCCAGAUUAAUGUUAACAAUAAUAAUAGCAGCAACAUCUGCUCACAGUGCUCAACUAACCCUCAGUGCUGAAACAUAGCUAUGUGUGUGAGAGCUGCAGUUUCCAGACUGUUUUCAUUUACAUUUUUAAAAUGGUAAUUCUCAUCCAAAAGGCUGAAAAUGUGUAUAACUUAUACUCCAUCUUGGGGAAAGUUGAUUUUUACAUCCGUUGUGGUCCUUUUGAUACUUGCCAUCUGCCAAAUAGAGGCAGCAUUCUUGUAAGAGGCAAAUGUCACAUUUAAUAUGCUUGUUGCAGAUAGGGAUGUGCUUUUUAAUGGAAUACAUCUCCUGGGUAGAUGAAAUUUAGACAUUCAAAGUCUGUACUGGGCAAAAGCAGUAUCUUGAUUUGUAGCCCAGUAGACAGACUGUCUUAGCAGCUGCUGAGUCAUAAUGUACUCUUGUUGACAAGAGCACUAAAUUUAACUCUUUCUUCCUGGUGCUAUUUCACUCCCUUGUUUUGUCCAGAAAUGUUAUUGAGAGGUAGAAUCCCCUCCCAUGGUGGUGCAAUUCAAUUGUGGAUACUAGAAUUCAAACUCCCAUGUUGAUCUAAAGCUGGAAGUUCCACGAUGCGGUUGAGCAGUUUACUCAUCCACCGGGUUAAUAAUGACCUGUCUAAAAUCCAGUACCACAACAAGAAUUCCAGGCCAUCUGUCCAUUUAUAUUUGUAAUUUAGUAUGACUUGAGUUGUCGAUCCAACUAACUACAAUGGUUCAAAGGAUACUUUGUUGUUCACUUCUAUCAAAUGGAUUGUUGGUCAGCUACAAGGUUGCUGUAAUCACAUCAGUUGAAGCAUUUGGCAAAGUCAAAAAAAGAAACAUUAAUUGAAUUUUCAAGGUAAUACUCUCUUGCAUGCAGCCUUACUGAAAGGACUGCAAGAUCAAUUGCUUUGUAAUCCUUUAGUCCAGACACAACUGCUGUCAAUACCCAGUAUUUGGAUUACUCAAAUCAAAACCUUCCCAGCCUCUCUUAAAGCAAAGAAAGCAAAACAAAACGCAUCUUCAAACAUUUUUGCCACUGAAAAAAGUGGAAGAAGAGAAUCUGCUUGUGCUAAAACUUAUUGGAAAUGAUGCUUUAUUUGAAGAUUCUAAGAUGACUUUAUCAAAAGCAAAAGUAAACUAUUUUUAAAAGUUGUCAGGUUUUCUCAGUACCUUUUCACAUUAUUAUUCCAAACAUUGAUAGAAUAUUUAAGCAGAAGCAUUUUGCAGUAAUUCCAGACAAACAUUUUCACAAUUGGGGGGUGAAAUGUUGCUAGUUUCCACCUCCAUAUAUGAAAUUCACUGCAAUUUGUCAUAGUUCUGUUCAAUUCACCUUGAAACCAAAAUAAAAGCUGAAAAAGUAAAUAAAAGUAUUACAAUUGC